AGAGAGUGGGACGAGAAGGGCAUACAAUGGUUGAAUUGACUAUGAAAUGGAAAAAAAAAGUGUCAGCUGAGGGAAGAUGGACAGAGGAAUGGGGUUUUUCAUAAUCAGAGGGUUAAAAUCCAAUACCCUGCAAGGCUGAGCUGCGAGAAUAAGAAUCCCUGCCUUUUCUGCCCAAUUUAGAGUUACGAACUUCUAUUUUUUUCCCCCUCUACUUUUUCCUAUUAUUUUGAAAUAAUGGCAGAAUUUGACACAAAUAGCUAGGCCUCCGCAGAAAGGGGUUGGGGGCCAGUCAAAAAAGAAGGUUUUGCAAGAGUUCUCCUUCUUUGCAGUUUUAUCUCUGAUGAGUCACAAAUUACUCUGUAGAGGCUAACCUUUGACAGAUAACCCAGCAGCCCCCAUCGAUUGGAGGAGAAAGUUCCAGAGAAGUGACUUCUCAAGAUGGUAGACUACCUGGCUAACACAGAGAUCAACAGUCAACGGAUUGCGGCAGUGGAAAACUGCUUUGGGACCUCCGGCCAGCCCUUAGCUGUUCCCGGAAGGGUUCUUUUGGGCGAAGGGAUUUUGACCAAAGAAUGCCGUAAGAAAGCGAAGCCUCGGAUUUUCUUCCUUUUCAACGACAUCCUGGUGUACGGCAGCAUUGUGAUCAACAAACGGAAGUACAGCUGCCAACACAUCAUCCCCCUGGAUGAAGUCACUCUGGAGAUUCUCCCGGACACCUUGCAGAUGAAAAACCGAUGGAUGAUCAAGACCUUCAAAAAAUCCUUCGUGGUUUCGGCAGCCUCGCUGACCGAGCGCAAAGAGUGGGUCAGUCACCUGGAAGAAUGCAUUCGACACCUUUUGUCCAAAACGGGACAGCAGCCCCCGACGGAAUACGCAGCCCCUUGGAUUCCGGAUAAGGCGACGGAUAUCUGUAUGCGUUGCACCCACACCAAGUUCUCGGCACUCAUCCGAAGACACCACUGUCGAAAGUGCGGCUUCGUGGUGUGCGGCAACUGUUCCCGCCAGCGUUUUCUCAUGCCUCGGCUAUCCUCCAAACCGCUGAGGGUUUGCAAUCUUUGCUACAAGCAGCUGAUGGCCAAAAAGAAGGAAUCUGGAGACGAGGCAAAGCCACUUUAUUCCCCUCUGCCUGGCUAUGAAGUUUCUAGCGGGGAUGAGAGUGACAGGUCUGACGAAGACAAACUGGAACAGUGGCCAGCCGAGACAGAAUUUUACACAUCGGAUAUGAGCUGGUCAUCCUUCCACAGUUGAUUGCUCCAUGGAUUUUCUUCUCUUUAAAAGCUGUCGUACUUUUCAAAACGACGGAAAAGACUGGGUCAUUCCUGGACUGGGGAGAGAACUAACUUCGUACUCCGCUUCAUCUGUUUUUUGUUUUUAGGAAUAACAAAGAAGAACUAUCCUCAAGCCAAUUUGUAAACUUUUGAUCGGGUCCUCUUAAGACUGAGUCAUUCUUCUUGGAGCUCCAAAUUGGAUUAAAAUAUAUAUAUAUAUAUUGUGUAUUUUUGGAAAAUGUUGGUCCUCUGUAUUUAAUUUUGAAGUUAGUCAGCAUCCGUACUCAUCAAAUGUUGUAUUUCCAUCCUGGGAAAUUUUAACAGAACUGUAUGUAAAAAUAUUCCCGAGUUGUGUCUCUUGAAGAAAUCCAGUUUUUUAAAAAAACAAAACAUGAGUUCUGAUGAGCAAUCCAGAAAUCAAAAGAAUAAUUUCCAGAUCACUCAGCUUUGAAAAUUGAGGGUACUUUUUAAUGAAGCACUAAAUGGAAGUUAGUUGAUGAAAUUUACAAUAGUAUUACAUUUAAAAAAACUGAGCUGUUUAUUUAAUUUUUUUUAAUCAACUUGAGGCGAUCAAGAAGAAUUAAAAACUGACAUUGCUUUGA